CCAAAAAAUAAAAUAAAAAAUUGAUGCGUUCGUUAGCACGGGAAUUCUGACAUGCUAUCCCAUUACUUGAAGCGCAGCGUGGUUUUGAAAUCCUCACAACCCUCCGGAGAGCGGAGGCGCGCGCAAUCUGGCCAGCACUUGUUCGUUGUCUACCCGCAUUUAUCGCAAAUACCCCUCACAUAUAUUCUUUUACAUUACGAAACGCUCCGACCUUCUGUACCUCUACAUUGGCGCCCGUUCAUAUAUCUGCAUUACCCAUGACCAGCAACAAUGACGAAAGCAUUAUACGUAGCCGACUGAUUGUUGAAGACCGGCCACUCAGGCGCUGUCUGCAGCAACUGUCGACUAUGUGCGCACAGUAUGAAAAAAUGAGCCCUGGGGAGACCCAAGCGGCGGGAGCGCGCGUCUUGCAGGAGGUUCGGUGGUUUCGCCAUACAUCACAGGUGGCUGUGCAGAGCCAGCGCCGCUGUGAGAAGGAGCUGCACACAUACUCCAAACGAAAGCGUGGCCUGGAGGACGCAAUUACCGAAGGCGACGCUGACGUCGAGCGCCUCGGCGACAGGCUCGAGGAAUCACGCAGCCACAAGUGCCACCGCAUUGCAUACGACGAAAUUGCGGCUGAGGCUAACAAGUACCCUUCGCGCCAGAAGCUGCAGCUCGAGAUUGAUGAGCUGAACAACGAGAUCGAGCAGCUGCGCCAAGAGGAGGCAGCGCAUGAUACGGUUGUUGCCUCGCUCCGCACGCAGUACGCGACCGUGCACGAAGAGCUACGGCGCUUGGCCGAUAUGUCUGCGACCGCACUGAGCACGCAGGACCUGGGCAUAAUCAUGGCUGAUGCUGAUGGGGAUGCCGAGCCACAUCCUUCCAUCGGCGUCUCACCUGCCACUCCGCAUCAACCAGGGAACGCCCACCCAGUGUUUGGCUCGCCAGCCGAUGACAUGCCGUUGGGCGCUCGCGACGAUGAUGAAGAUGACGACGACGACAAGGAUACACACGGUAAGGCUGACGAUAAUGGUGAAUGCAACGCAGGCACUCGUAAUCCUAAUAGCGAAGGCACUGACAACGAGGAGGAUGGCGCGUUGGACACAGCUGACGACAACGACGACGACGACGAUGAAGACAACAACGUCAACGCCAAUGUCAGCGUCGGUGUCCCUGCCCAGAGCCCCAAGAGCCCCGACGAAGGGGGCAUUGUCUCGGAGGAAGAGGAGGAGGGGGAAUGUGAGGACGAGGAGGGUGAGCUGCUGGGAUAACAGCAUAGAGGCAUAACGAUAUAACGGCGCAACUGCUGUGCUAUCAAUGUGCAUUACUUUUUUACUUCAAAUGUUAAAU